CUGCUGCUCCGGCUCGGUGCCGGUCCGGUCCUCUGCAGCCCGGAGUGACGGCUACGGCUCGGUGGUGUUUGGCCGGGCAGCCCCACUACUACCCCCACGGUGACGGGACUAGAUCAGGGACCAGGACCCGGGGCCACAGCUGGAGAGACCGCAGCUGGAGCGGCUGGACUGGGGACAGAAGGCUCUGCAGGACGGGACCGCGGGGACUGGGACUGAGGUCCGGGCUGCUGCAGCCGCCGGAACCCGCCCGUCCCAGCGGGCCGUGAACGCCUCACGUGUACCUGCGGGAGCCCGGCCAGGUGUCCAUAUGCUGGUUCCUUAAGCUCAACCAUUCCUACAAAUGAACCUGCAGCUUCUUCUGUGUAGUUCAGCACCGAGAUAGUCCCAUCCCCUCAGUGGGGGACGAGGGACUACGGAAACCAGGAUGCCCUCGUCUGUAAGGGCAGGGAGCCUGAAGGAUCCGGAGGUGGCUGACCUUUUCUUCAAGGACGACCCGGAGAAGCUUUUCUCUGACCUCCGAGAGAUUGGACAUGGCAGCUUUGGCGCCGUCUAUUUUGCUCGCGAUGUGCGCACAAAUGAAGUGGUGGCAAUUAAAAAGAUGUCCUACAAUGGCAAACAGUCUAACGAGAAAUGGCAAGACAUUAUUAAAGAGGUGAAGUUCCUCCAGAGGAUCCGUCACCCCAACAGUAUAGAAUACAAAGGUUGUUACCUCCGUGAGCACACAGCAUGGCUGGUGAUGGAGUACUGUCUUGGCUCAGCCUCUGACCUGCUAGAAGUUCAUAAAAAACCUUUGCAAGAGCUUGAGAUCGCUGCCAUUACACAUGGUGCUCUGCAGGGUCUGGCCUACCUUCAUUCCCACAAUAUGAUCCACAGGGACGUUAAGGCGGGUAACAUCCUGUUGACGGAGCCUGGACUGGUCAAACUGGCAGACUUUGGCUCCGCCUCCAUUGCCUCACCUGCCAACUCUUUUGUGGGAACACCAUAUUGGAUGGCGCCAGAAGUGAUCCUAGCAAUGGACGAGGGCCAGUAUGACGGGAAAGUGGAUAUUUGGUCUUUAGGGAUCACCUGUAUAGAGUUAGCUGAAAGGAAGCCUCCGCUGUUUAACAUGAAUGCAAUGAGUGCCUUAUACCACAUAGCACAGAAUGAGAGCCCCACGCUGCAAUCCAGUGAAUGGACGGAUUAUUUUAGAAACUUUGUCGAUUCUUGCCUUCAGAAAAUCCCCCAGGACAGACCACACUCUGAUGACAUGUUGGGUCACGCGUUUCUGCAGCGUGAACGUCCAGAUUCUGUGCUGAUGGAUCUCAUUCAGAGAACUAAGGAUGCCGUGCGGGAGCUGGAUAACUUGCAGUACCGCAAGAUGAAGAAGAUCCUCCUUCAGGAGGUUACCAACGGACCCACAACGGAAACCCAGGAGGGAGAGGAGGAAGUGGAACCGGGCGGAGGCCGCACGGGAACGGUGAACAGUGUGGGCAGCAAUCAGUCCAUCCCCAGCAUGUCCAUCAGCGCCAGCUCCCAGAGCAGCUCCGUCAACAGCCUGAACGAAGCGGCCCAGGACAGUCGCAGUGAGCUGGACCUGAUGGAGGGAGACCACACGGUCAUGUCCAACAGCUCCGUCAUACACCUCAAACCGGAGGAGGAGGAGAGUCUCUCUGGGGAGCCGGCAGCCAGCGUCGAACCUACUGAGCCUCAGGCGACGCCAACUCCGCCCCCGAGAAAGCACUACCGCAACAGGGAGCACUUUGCUACCAUACGCACAGCAUCCCUGGUGACCCGAGAGAUGCAGGAGCAUGAGCAGGACUCAGAGCUCAGGGAGCAAAUGUCAGGGUACAAACGCAUGAGGCGGCAGCAUCAGAAACACCUGAUGGCCCUGGAGAAUAAGCUGAAAGGUGAGAUGGACGAGCACAGGCUGAGGCUGGACAAAGAGCUGGAGAGUCAGAGGAACAUCUUCACCCAGGAGAUGGAGAAACUGCUGAAAAAACACCAGGCCACUCUGGAGAAAGACCUUAAAACGUUCAACAACGACGAGAAGAAAUUCCAGCAGCACAUCCAGGUUCAGCAGAAAAAGGAGCUCAGCAGCUUUUUGGAGUCACAGAAGCGGGAGUAUAAACUACGCAAGGAGCAGCUCAAAGAGGAACUGAAUGAGAACCAGUCGACUCCCAAAAAAGAGAAGCAGGAGUGGCUGUCCAAACAGAAAGAAAACAUCCAGCACUUCCAAGCAGAGGAGGAGGCCAACCUCCUGAGGAGACAGAGGCAGUACCUGGAACUGGAGUGUCGUCGCUUCAAACGCAGGAUCCUCAUUGCAAGACAUAAUGUUGAGCAGGAUCUGGCAAGAGAGGAGUUGAACAAGCGGCAGACGCAGAAGGACCUGGAACACGCAAUGCUGCUCAGGCAUCACGAGUCGAUGCAGGAGCUGGAGUUCAGGCACCUGGGGACGAUCCAGAAGGCCCGGGCCGAGCUGAUCCGGACCCAGCACCAGACGGAGCUCACCAACCAGCUGGAGUACAACAAGAGGAGGGAGCGGGAGUUGAGGCGCAAGCACGUCAUGGAGGUCCGGCAGCAGCCCAAGAGCCUCAAGUCAAAGGAGCUUCAGAUUAAGAAGCAGUUCCAGGACACGUGUAAAACCCAGACCAGGCAGUACAAGGCUCUCAGGAACCAUCUGCUGGAGACCACGCCCAAGUCUGACCACAAGGCUGUGCUGAAGAGGCUGAAGGAGGAGCAGACCAGGAAGCUGGCCAUCCUGGCCGAGCAGUACGACCACUCCAUCAACGAGAUGCUCUCCACGCAGGCUCUGCGGUUGGAUGAGGCUCAGGAAGCGGAGUGUCAGGUUCUGAGGAUGCAGCUGCAGCAGGAGCUGGAGCUGCUCAACGCCUACCAGAGCAAGAUCAAGAUGCAGACGGACGCUCAGCACGACAAGGAGAGGAGGGAGCUGGAGCAGAGGGUUUCCCUGCGGAGGGCUCUGCUGGAGCAAAAAAUCGAGGAGGAAAUGCUCUCCCUGCAGAACGAGCGCUUGGAGCGGAUCCGCUCGCUGCUGGAGCGCCAGGCCCGAGAGAUCGAGGCCUUUGACUCGGAGUCCCUGCGGCUGGGCUUCAGCAACAUGGUGCUCACCAACCUGGCUCCAGACUCCCAGGGAGGCUGGGGGGGCGGAGGUGGAGGGGGCCAGGGGCCCCAGGGGGGAGGCCACUGGCCAGGGGGAGGUGGAGGAGGAGGGGGCCACCACGGCCACCACCACCAGGGGGGCUCCAGCUCCCAGCAGCCCUGGGGUCACCCCAUGCUGGCCGGUGGGCCCCCGCCCUGGAGCCUCCACCACCCCGGGGGAGGGAGUCAGAGGAGCAGCCAGGGAGGCCCGGCCGGGGUGAGGAACAGCCCGCAGGCCAUGAGGAGGACGUCAUCAGGGGGGAGGAGUGAACAGGGCAUGAGCAGGAGCGCCAGCAUCACCUCUCAGAUCUCCAACGGAUCCCACCUGUCGUACACCUAGAACACACACCGGCAGGGAUCACAAUGAUCUAAAGCACCACACACUAGCACCACACACACCACACUCGUCUACACACAACCAGUCAUUUCCCUCAGUCCACCUUCCAUCAGACAGCACUGGGACUGUACGUCCGUGCCGUUCCUCUCAUCACCAGUGCGCUCUUGUAUCAGCGCACUGCUGGCAGCCGUCUGUGGAAACCCCAAAUAUUUGAGACCGCUAGCCCUGAGAGCUGUUUCCAGUGCCACAGUGCAUUAGUGUCAAGUUUCCUUGAGCUUUCCGGCUUGUUUUUGUGCUCGCUUUUGUUGCUUUAGGCCCUCCGUGAUACAGUCACAGCAGAGCUUAUCUAGAGUGGCUCGUUUGCAGGAAGUUGCUUUAUUAGGCAGAAGUCGGCUACAGUGUUUGGAGAUGUGGUAGCGCAAAAAGAUGUAUUUAGGGGAAAAGCUGCUAUUUAUGCUGCUAUGUAGAAUCCCCGUGAAAUGGCGCCAACCCACUGGCAGUUUACGGUUUAGAUGGUAUUGUUAGAUCUUUCAUGUGCAGUCACAGCUGAACAGAGAAUGGGGGGGAGAAAAGGAGAAUGAAAGUCGUACGUCAUUAUCAGUGGUUAUUGAUCACAGUAUAGGGAUUGUUGGGUCCCAUCCCUGGAGGUAAGUUUUUGAGGGCUAUGAAGGAAAGUGCCAAGAUGCCAACGGUCAGAGGUAUAGAAUCCGAUUUGCCAUAUCUAUCCAUGCAAACGUACUUUUUUUUUUUUGCAUUUCCACAGAGACUAACUGCAGUGUUGUCAUUUAACGCCACAUGGCCAAAUAGAAGUCGUCUUUUCUCUUGCACAUUCAGCUCGAUCGGCUCGGUCCCGGGUUUCCACAGACUUCUGCCCCCUAGGCAUCCAGUCUGAGGGCUACCGUGGCGAUACGAAUCCACAGUCCUCAGGGCAGGGAUGGGUUUUCAGCAGCACCUAACCUCAACUUGAACAGUUUGAAAAGUGGGGUACAUUCUUCACUUGUUUGCAGUAAUUAAAUUACAUGAUUUGGCAGCGUCUUAGUAAUGCAGUUUAAAAAAAAAACCAGUGUUGGCCUUACCAAGAGCACUGGAGUAGAGCUUAGCCAGUGUUGUUUCAGUGACUUCCAGCUUGGCGCAGGCCUUCACCAACACUAAAUGUUAGGUAGAUGUAUUCACACAUGCGUACAGAUAGGGGUUGUCUGAUGUUUUUUUUUUUUUUAAGACAAGCUCAAAGAAUAUGGAAAAUCUGCAGAUGGAUGCAUGUGCAGGGAAAGUGUAAACAGAUUUUUUUUUAGGGGGGGGGCAGACAGGCUGCUAAAUGAGGGAUUUAGUUGUUUAAAAAAAAAAAAAAGCCCCACAUUUCAAAUGAACAAAGUGCAUGUGUGAGGAGAAGCUUCUCCUGCCUUCUGUGGGUUAGUGACUGCUGAAUGUGUCCGUGGAUGGAUGGGUGGUGAUGCUGUGAUCUCUGCUGCCAUGCCCCUGCAACCUUCCCUGGUCUGACGCCCCGCUCUGCCUCACCCCGACGGGCGUCGCCAUCAUCGCCAGGCUCCCUGCUUCCCUCCUCAGGGGGGGGUUCUUUUCGUGUGAGUGUGUGGGCCUUGACACCUCGCUCAUCUACUGCUAAAGAGCUUUUGAACGAAAGAAAAGAAAUCCCAUAUUUGUUAUCAUACAAAUCUAUAAAAGAGAAUUACAAAGCAGUAAAGAUGGAAGUUGUAUUGGUAAAUGCUGACAUUAUGCAUAAAGAUAUUCAGAGGUGGAAUGUACAGGCAACGUGUUAAUAUUGUAUAGUUUGGAAGUUAAACAUGGAAAUCUAUACGACAAAUUGAAUAAAAUGAACCUGUAAUGAGGCCCCAAAGUUGUGACUUGGAACCAGAUGGACGUGUGCUGAGUUUGAGCUCUUCUGCAGCCCGUUACAGGCGUUCUGUUGUUGAUUAUCAGUCAACAACUUGGGGUCCGGCUGUCUCGAGCAAGUGGCAACAUUUCUUUUAAAAGUGUGAGGAUACGUUUUCACAUGUUUUGGAAAUCUAGUUAGGUGUAGCCUUUGCUUUAGCAUAGGCUUUGGCGUUAUAUUAGACCCCGUCUGUUCAGGAUCUCUGCGGUUUUAGAAGACUCUCAGGCCAAAAGUAAAGGUUUUAGUAACACGAAGAAAAGGAUAGUCUUUUAAUUAUCUACAAGAAUCUAAGAACUGCUGAAUUCUAAAAUACAGUAUUUGGUAAACUCUUCAACCUGAAUUUGUUCCCAAAAUUCUUGGACAAGACUGAGAAUCCCUGUUUUUCUGUGUAAAAUGGUUUGCUCUCGGUCGUCAGAGGUUCUUUGACAUUUACCAGGACUUUUUUUCUCCCUUUCUUCUUAAAAAUCUGAUUUGUACGGAAGAGUAUUAGGGCCAGGCAGGAGAAAAAGAAAAAUAAUAUUUUAGAGGAGGAAGAUUUUUUUUUUUUGUUUCAUUAUGCACUUUGAGAAAAAAGUCGAAAUGUCGACAUUAAUGUUGAAGUACAAUUUCGAGAAAAAAGUCGAAAUGUUGAGAGAAAAAAGGCAAAAUUUCGACUUUAUUCACAAAAUUUCGACUUUAUUCUUGAAAUUGUACUUCAACAUUAUUCUCGACAUUUCGACUUGUUUCUCAACAUCACGACUUUUUUCUCGAAGUGCAAAAUAAAAAAAAAAAUCUUCCCCUCUCAAAUAUUUUUUUCUCCUGCCUGGCCCUAAUACUCUUCCGUAGAUUUGAGAAAGGCGCGGCCUAUUUCUUUCGAAACAUUUUCACACUGCACUUAAUUAUUUGCCUUUUACCAAAAGAUGGAGAAAAAGAAUCAAUCUUACCACCCAAACUCUAAUAGUUUUCUCAGUUCAGAAGCCAACACCUUGUAUGGCAUCGUACCAGUCGUCUGUUAUCCACACUCUCUCCAGCUCUUUAGUGUUUUUAUGCCCCAAAAAGGGUGGUUUUUAUUUUCCAGCUGUUGUCUGCGGAGGGCCAGAGGAGCAGCAGACUUUUAGACUUUCUCUUGUUUACUAGAACUCCCAGGUGUUUGGUGAGGCCGUUGGGGGCAGAGUCUAUCUUUAGGCUUCGGUCACUCUGAACUGGAUCAGUUGCACUGAUUGCACAAGUAGCUGUCCAGCUGAAAGAGUCUACUGUGAUGCCUCGGUGCGCUGACGGGGGGAGGGGCGGGGCGGCCGUGGGCUGGGAGGAGGCGGGAGGCAGGGUCGAAUCUGUACAGUCUGUUUAUCAGUAUUUCUUGUAUCUUUCCCGUCAUUUGGUGGAUCUUGCUGUUUUCUUCUCCCUGGUCCAGAGAUCUGUAUUAAACUGUAUUAAAUUGUAUAGAUUGUGCAAAAAUGCUGAAUGUCUCAUAGUGGAAGAGAACAGAUAUUCCUUCAGAUGAAAAAGUCAUUUAAGAUGUAUAAAAGAAAUUCAGAGGCAAAGUUUAGGGGAUAAAUGUAAUAUUUUGUUUGUAAUUACUAUUUUUUGUUGGAAGAGGGCUACUGGAUAAAGAAUUAUCUGUAAUAAAGUAAUUUUAAUAUUU